CACCAAUUGGAAUUAGAACGGCUCGACAGGCGUGAUGUCAGUGAGCAGCAGAGUUUUGCCGCCAAAAUAGCAUUUGAGGAGAAGGCGGCUUGGAAGGCGUUCGAGAAGCAAUCGAAGCUCACGAAAAUCAGCAUAAAAUUAGAGGGAAAGCAAAACAAGGGCGCCAGCAAGAAGGAAACCAAGGGGAGAUAUACGCGAGAGGUGCUGUCUAUGAAGGAAGACCUCGAGCGCAUGCAACAGAAGAACAAGGAAGAGGAGUAUACACAGCUCAAGGAGGAGAUGCGGCGCCGGCGCAGUAUUUGCAAU